CAUGAAAUGUCAAAAAUUAAGUUUUGUUGACAGUGGUUGUCAUAGCAACGAAAUCGAACAUAAAAAGCGGGAGCUAAAACAAAAAUAUUUAUUGAUAAUAUAAAUAAAAAAAAAAUAUGGGCAGCAUGACUCGUUGGUUAGACGUAGAAGUAGGGACAGAUGACAUAGACCUUAAUACUUUGCCACAAAACUUAGCGCUAUUGGAUUUACAAAACGAUAACGAGUUCAAACUUCUCGUCGGUGAUUUCGGACGAGGAGAGGAUGGGCCUAAAUUAAAGGUGUUUAAGGGCGCCAUGCAAAUAUCGGACACGGUACUCCCGGACCUGCCCCUCGGCGUGGUGGGCUUCUACAUCAGCGAGAGCAUUCCUCGGUCGAUCCCCAUAGUGGCAGUAGCGUACAGUUCUUGUGUGUACAUGUACCGUAACUUGAAGCCUUUCUACAAGUACUAUCUGCCAUCUACUGAGCUGAGUAUGUGUGAGAUGGAGGUUUGGAAACAGCUAACUGACACAGCCAAUCACAACACAGAAGCCAUAAGUCCGCUCAUAGAGAGUCUUAAAGCCAUACCACACAAUACUCUCACAGUACAGUCACAGAAUCUCCUAUCACUAACCCUAGAACAACAGCUGGAGUACUUGGAAAACAAUCCAGAGUUACCGAGCAAGAUAAACACGGAGAUUGUCUGUAUUGGUACACUGAAGAUGCACUCCAUUGAGAAGUAUUCCGUGAGCUGUGUGGUUGUUGCUACCGAAGAUGGCGAUGUGAUACUGUUGGAUCCGCAGACGUUCAGCUUGUUAUCCCAGGCCAAAAUCUGUGGGGUAAAGAAAACUCCAUAUCAGAUGAUAAGCACUGGGCUCUAUUCUGUAGACUACAGAAUAACUAUAGCUACAAGAGAGAAGGCAGUAUGCGUGUUAAAAAGAGAUUGGCCUGAAGGUCGGAUUCUAUUCACGACGGAUGACCACAUCAUUGCCAUAGAGGUGGUUACGGCUGAUAGUAGCGUUAUGGUCAUAUGCGCUGAUAAUACCAUGGCAUGUUAUAGUAAAAAGGGCAAGAAGCUAUGGUGUUUAACACUAGAACACAGACCGGUCGCCAUGACGCUAGUGCCGGUGCUACACCUCGGCGUGACGCUGACGGGCGUCGCGCUGGCGUCGGGCCACGUGCAUCUGUACGACGGCAAGGCGAGGCGGGACACUGUGUUUGUUAGAGAUGUAGUGUCAGUCAUGAAGUUCGGUCAAUUAGGACAAGAGGAGCACGUGCUUAUCAUUAUAACUGCCAGUGGUAACCUAAUGCUGAAGAUAUUGAAGCGUACAGCAGAGUUCAGCGGCGACGGCGCCGGCGUGGAGCUGUCCGGCGCCGCGGCGGGGCACAAGCCCUGGCUCAUUCCCAAGAAGUCCAAGCUCUUCCUCGAGCAGGCCGCGCGGGAGAGAGAGAAUGCCGGCUUAAUGCACGAAACAUUCCAACAUGAACUGAACCGGCUCCGGCUGCUGGCUGCGAAGACGUUGCAGGAGGCACAUCUCAAGUCGGACAACUCCGUCGGCACCGGACGUAUGGAGUCUCUGAGACUCACUGCUGAGGUGGAAGGCCUAGGCCCUGUGUUCCGCGUAACGUUGAUCAUAGAGAACAACUCCAAGGAGACGGCGGUGAUAGGCCUUGCCGUACUGUUCCACGUGCACACGCUCAAUUAUAAAGUCUCCAAUCCUUAUAUCAAGGUACCGCUCCUCUCACCAGGCGGUAAACUAAAAUUCCCAACAAAAAUAGAAGAAGUAUUCGAUGAAAAUAUCAGUCCUGACGUCUUAUUCCGACCAGUGACCGGCCAGGGUGGAGAGAGGUCACUAGUCAAAGUAUUACUACUGAAGGAAGGCCGAAAGACCCCGGUACUCGCAGCCACGGUACAAAUGCCACCCACAGACCCCAUGAUGUUACCCUUCGACAAGAUGCAGGAAAUUGCAGCAAAUGAUGACCCCAAUUGGAGGAUCAAAACGUAGUUUGGUUUAGCGCCAUCUAGUGGUGGUUUGCUGUACUUGUAGUACGAGUGUGGGUUGAUAGAUGGCGUUGUUGUAAUGGAGGUUUUAAUCUCAGGAUUUUUAAUACUCAAAGAAAUUAUUGUUGUGAUUUCUUGAAUAAAAUUAUGAUGAACAUACAUUUUUCUGUUUGCUCCUGUGUAGGUAUGCUUCUUAUCCAUAUUCUAAUAUGUUUUUAGUUUUUUUUUUGUCCCAGGCUUGUUGGUAAUAAUUAUUGCUCUCUGUGUAAAAUCUACUUAUGUGCAUUUCAAAAUUGGCUAAGAAUUUCAACUUACCAUACUUACCAUAUAAGUUUGGUUACGUGCAGCAUACAUCCAACAAUAUACUUGGAGUUGGUUUCGGUGAUUCUACUCAAGGUGGACAUAGGAAAUGCGUCAUCUAGUGCUUUUCUGAAAACCCAUUUACAGAAAAUAAAUGUUUUAUGGAAACCGGGCUGUU